CUUGAACGAUCUCAUAGCAUCUACAUAAUGCUUAACAUCGCUCGUUCUCGUACCGCUCUCCCUCGUCCCGCUCGUCUCCUCCAAUCAGCUACUGUGGCCAAAAGAGGAUACGCCAGCAAAGAUGUCUUCUUUGGUAAUGACGCUCGACAAGGGAUGUUGAGAGGUGUCGACAUCCUCGCAAAAGCCGUCUCUGCCACCCUCGGUCCCAAGGGUCGCACCGUCAUCAUCGGUCAAAGUUUCGGCGGACCAAAAAUCACCAAAGACGGUGUCACUGUGGCCAAAGCCAUUACCCUCAAAGAUCCUGUCGAGAACCUCGGAGCAAGAUUGGUCCAAGACGUUGCUUCCAAAACCAAUGACACGGCUGGUGACGGUACCACCACUGCUACCGUUCUCGCCCGUGCUAUUUACUCUGAAGGUGUCAAAAAUGUCGCUGCGGGUUGCAACCCUAUGGAUCUUCGUCGAGGUUCACAAAAAGCAGUAGAAGAAGUUCUCAAAGUUCUCGAAGCGAACAAGAGGGUUAUCACUACUUCUGAAGAGAUCGCCCAGGUCGCCACCAUUUCUGCCAACGGUGAUACUCAUAUAGGCAGCAUCAUCGCUCAAGCCAUGGAAAAAGUCGGUAAAGAAGGUGUCAUCACUGUAAAAGAAGGUCGAACUAUCGAUGACGAAAUUGAAAUCACCGAAGGGAUGCGAUUCGAUCGUGGAUUCCUUUCACCUUACAUGAUUACCGACGCGAAAAAUCAACGUGUAGAAUUGGAGAAACCCUUUAUCUUGCUCUCGGAAAAGAAGAUAUCUGCUCUCCAAGAUAUCCUACCUUCUCUCGAAAUUGCCGCUCAGACUAGACGCCCUUUACUCAUCAUUGCUGAAGAUGUGGAUGGUGAGGCCUUGGCGGCGAUUAUCCUCAACAAGCUUCGUGGUCAGCUCACCGUCGCCGCCGUCAAAGCACCUGGAUUCGGGGACAACAGGAAAUCCAUCUUGGGUGAUAUCGCCAUCCUUACUGGUGGAACGGUUUUCACGGAUGAGUUGGAUGUCAAACUGGAAAAAGCUACUCCUGAUUUAUUCGGAACUACUGGAUCGAUCACUAUCACCAAAGAAGACACCAUCAUUUUGAAUGGUGAAGGUGACAAAUCGGCCAUUCAGGCUCGAUGUGAACAGAUUAGAGGUGUCAUUGCCGAUACUACCACGAGCGAUUAUGAUCGUACCAAGUUGCAAGAGAGAUUGGCCAAGUUGGGUGGGGGAGUGGCAGUCAUCAAAGUGGGAGGAUCUAGUGAAGUGGAGGUCGGGGAGAAGAAGGAUAGGUAUGAUGAUGCUUUGAACGCUACUAGAGCGGCUGUUGAAGAAGGUAUUGUCCCCGGAGGUGGGACUGCUUUGUUGAAAGCUUCCCGAGCUCUAGAAGCCCUUACCGUGGAAAACUUUGAUCAAAAACUAGGAGUCUCCAUUAUCCGUCACGCCAUCCUCCGUCCCGCUCGAACCAUAGUCGAUAACGCUGGAGAAGAAGGUUCCGUGGUAGUUGGUAAACUGUUAUCGGACGAAUUCUCUUCUCCUGACAAGUUCAACUGGGGAUACGACGCUCAAACUUCUCAAUAUAGGGAUAUGAUCUCUGCUGGUAUUCUCGACCCAUUGAAAGUGGUCCGUACCGCUUUGGUGGAUGCGAGUGGGGUGGCUAGUUUGUUGACUACCAGCGAAGCUUGUGUGGUCGAUGCGGAGGAGAAAACGCCCGCUGGGGGAAUGGGAGGAAUGGGUGGAAUGCCAGGGAUGGGAGGGAUGGGGAUGAUGUGAGGUUUUGAUCGAGCUUAUCAGAUCCACAUGUAGCUCUUUGAGGUAGAUAGGAUAGAUCAAUGAAGGGUCGUAGGGAUGGAGAUGAAGAGUAAUUCAAGGGGAGAGAGACGUGGGCUGAGUGAGACAAUUAGUGAGGGGGUAAUGCGAUGAAUAGAUGACGUUGGAGAAUGAUAGUGCAGGUCGAGCGGGGAUUACAGAGUCAUGUUGCAUUUGGGAAGUAUUGAACAAAAUGGGAUAGGGUAUCAUCGUAUGCAUCUCCACUCUUCGAA